AUGACAGCAAGAUUUCUGUUACUAGUAGACUGUCGAAGAAUAAGCAGCAUACUGGACGCAAAGUUAGUGAAGGGUGGUGCUUCUCCACACUUAGGAGGAAGGAACGAGAGACCACCCACUCUCUCUAGCCCAGGUGCAGCAACACCUGUAGGAAAAAACAGAUGGAUCCCUCCAAGCACAGUAAAACGAGAAGUCCCUGUACAAGAGGACAAAAAUGACCUUGUAUUCCGUAGAGUCAGAGCAAUUCUCAACAAACUUACUCCAGAAAAGUUUGAUAAGCUCAGUUUAGAACUUCUGAAUGUGGGAAUUGACUCGCAGAUUAUCCUUAAAGGAAUUAUUCUUCUGAUUUUUGAUAAGGCUUUGGAUGAACCUAAAUAUAGCUCACUGUAUGCCCAACUCUGCCAUCGACUAUGUGAAGACGCACCAAACUUCGAGCCAGGCAACAAUUCAAUCACAACCUUCAGGCGACUUCUUUUAAACAAGUGCCAGGAUGAGUUUGAAAAUCGUUCUAAGGCAACCGAAGUGUUUGACAAGAAAGAUGGACCGCUUACGGACGAAGAGGUGGAGCAGCUACAUUUGGCCAAGCAGAAAAUGCUCGGCAACAUUAAGUUUAUCGGAGAGCUCGGUAAACUACAAAUGUUGCACGAGGGUAUUCUGCACCGGUGCAUCAAACAACUUCUGGAGAAGAAAAAGAACACCCCAAUCCAAGACAUGGCGGAAGACCUGGAGUGUCUGUGUCAAAUAAUGCGAACUGUCGGCCCACGCUUGGACACCCCUCAAGCAAAGGCCUGGAUGGAUAAAUACUUUGAGCGAAUAGAGCUCUUUGGCAAAAACGCCCAUUUGCCUUCACGUAUCAGGUUUAUGCUGCAAGAUGUGGUAGAUUUGAGGGCAGGAAAGUGGAAUCCUCGUAGAGGACGACAGGAAAAUGGCCCUAGGACAAUUAUUCAGAUACGACAAGAAGCAGCUAGUGAACUUGGUGGUUACACGUCAGGAAAUCAUGGAAGAGGAUCAUCUAUGAUGGGAGGUAGAAUGAUGAAUGGUAAUGCGGGAAUGUGGAAGGGAGGUCACUCUGGAUUAGGAGAUUUGUUUAGUGCACCUCCUGGAUCAAUGGUGAACUCCAUAGGAACAGGCCCAGGUGUGAUUCAGACAGAUGGGUAUGGGUCUACAUAUCAGAAUAACAUGGGAAGAAACCGAAACAACCAACAAAAUCAAGGUUAUAACAACUACAAUAACCGUCGCCAAGACAUGACGGGUAGUCCGAGAAAUCAACACAACAAUCAGAACAUGCAGCAGUUGUCGCCAAACUCACAACAGCAACAAGCAAAUCAUUAUAAACAGCAGCCUCAAGCGAACCGCGACUUGCCCCCACGAUUUCAGCGGAUGACCGUACAGCAAACAACCACUAUACAGCCAACAUCUGGUGGACGCACGUCUAAGGAUGAGGUCAGUCUGAGACCGGUGAAGAACUUCACCGUCUUGAAGCCCACAUCUCCAAACAUGCUACCAAAGUCUGCACAAGGACCACCCACAAUUGGCUCUUUUACUAACCUGCAGCCCAAGGUAGCCGGACCGGCUGUAAAUCCAGUUGCAGCUAAGCAAAUUACCAUUAAACAGAUCAGUCAGGACAAGAAUAAGUCUAACAAGGAGAAAAUCUCUAAGGAAGACAUGGAAAAAGCUGUGACUGCUCUGUUGGCUGACUUCUUGUCAAAUGGUGACUAUAACACUGCCGUGUCCACUAUUAAACAGUUGUCAGUUCCUAAGAUGCUGCUGCCAGACUUGUUAGCUCAACUGAUGACAGAAACCAUUGACAAAACAGAUGAAGAACGUGAGAAUGUGAUUAAACUGAUAUGUGAACUGAAGAAGGAAAAUCUUGCUACGUCUGAUCAUUUUAUGCAGAGUUUGCACAAAGUGAUUGUGAAGAUGCCCGACCUCGAAGAGGAUGUCCCACUGGUGCGAUCACAUGUGGCUCUUUUUGCUGCGGGUGCGGUGAGUGAGGCUAUCAUCUCGUUGGGUGAGCUGGCACAGCCGAUGGAAAAUGGCACGCACCAUCCCUUGUUCCUACUCACUCUGCAACAUCUACACACUGUUCGCGACAAGCAAUGGCUUCUCACAGUCUUCAACGAUAGCAAGGUCAAUCUGAAGAACAUGUUGCCAGAAAUUGAUCAGAAGAAAGAACGAAUGCUUGAAAUUCUUGAAGACCGUGAUCUGGGCUUCCUGUUUCCACUACUGACCAUUCAGUCUGAGUUGUGGAGGCAGAUUCAGACCGAACCCUCGGCGGCGGCCGUCUUCAAGUGGAUCAGGGACAGAGUGGACACCAACAUGCAAAAAACCACAGGAUUCAUAAACAUUCUCACCACUUGUAUCUUACGACAUGUAACAGGAGAGACCACUCUUGGUAAUUCGAUUGAUGUGACUGCUGUGCCCGACAAGACUGCUGUGGAAAAGGAGAUGGAACUCUUAGACAAACUGAAGGCUGUGCUACAAAGAUUCCUACACGAGAAUCUGGAGCUGCAGGCCAGCGCUUUGUACGCCACUCAAGUGUUUUGUCACAACAACCACUUUCCAAAAGGAAUGUUGCUGAGGUUCUUCAUGGCUUACUAUGACCUGGAGAUUCUCGACGAAGAGGCUUUCCUCAAGUGGAAGGAAGAAGUUAAUGACGAGUAUCCUGGAAAGGGGAAAGCACUCUUCCAGGUAAACCAGUGGUUAACAUGGCUGGAGCAAGCAGAAGAUGAGAGUGAAGAAGAAGACGAUUAACUUUGAUGUACUAGAUGAAUUAGGGCGAAGAAGAAUAUUUUAGGCUUGAUGACUCUUUGACUGGAUGUUGUCAUUUGUGCAACAGUUGUAUCUCUGUGACAUGCAUGUGUUUUAUUUUAACUUUCGUAUGAAAAUAAAGAAAAGAAAAAAGCAAAAAAAAAGGACAAUACAAACAAGAAGACACUUUAAAAAAUGGAAUGACAAAGAUGUGUGGACUUUAAGAUUGUGAAGGAUUAUAUGUAGCAGAAAGCAAAUAACUGUUGCAGAUUGUUUGGUCUACCUUACCUCUUGAUGUGCUCUAGUUCAUCAAAAUCGUCAAUAAACUGGUGCCUUGCAUCCGGAAACAACAAAACAAAAAAAAUCUGUAUUCUGCUGUAACAGAAGUUGUGCAUCUUGUGAUUGGAGCGUGUGCAUUUUGUUCAGCAGACUUUAUGCAUCGUCAGUGAAAUCUGUACUUUUUGCCAGCAGAACUGGCAUUUUGUGUUGGUACUCUUUGGUGUGGCAGUUUUUCAGUUGGUGCUUUGCUUAAACAGUAAAGAAAAGGAUGGAUAUAUUAAAUAAAAACCCCAAAAUGCAAGCUUUGCUGCAGAUUUAACCUUCUUUGCGACUCAACAGCCAGCCAGUCUGCCCGCCAUUUAUUGGUUUCAGAUCUUAUGUGAAGAUUUUUAUCAUCGUUUUAUAUUAUACCAUGUGAACAUUUUUACCCAAAUGAAAUAAUUCUUUGUUUCUUUUUUCAUGUUUUAUAGAUAUAUAAAUAAAUUUAUUGAUAUAAUUUUUUUUCUUUUUUCUUGUAAGAGUAGAAUUGUAUUGCAUGACUAAUCAAAAAUAGCAUCCUCCUUUCUGUGUCUGUGUUUCUUGUGAUAUAUUUCAUUGUUUGGAUGGUAACGGUUUUGCUAACUUAUUCUUAUUCACAUUUUGUUGGGUUUUGUUUUCAUAGCACCUUGUGGUAAAAAUUAUCAAUCCUGUUUGUCUUGUGUAUAGUAGGUUUUGGCACCAUUAUCUGAUAAAUUUAGCUGAAAAAAACCAUGAUCUGUGAAUGCAGAUUGAUUUUGUGUGGGUGAAACAUGUGUAAUGAUCUCGGCUAAUUACAGCUCCCGAGUUUUCAUUAAAUAUAAAUAUAUAAUGGUAUAUUUGAGACUGGGUCCUUCAAGUAUAAAUUAUGGGUAUUUAUUUAAUUUUUUGUUUGAUAUUUUGUGGAAAAAGUUUGUAUUAAAGAAUUGUUUGGUUAAAAGCAUUAUUAGUUGAAUAUUUAUUUUUAAAAUUAAUUGUAAAUGUUUCUUUUAAGGGAUUUUGCUCUUACUCUGUAAUUUCGCUUCAUUUCCUGGAUGCCAGGAUAAUUUGAAAUUUGUGCUUUUAUUCCAGUUAACUAUUUACAGAAAUAAUUAUUUUACAUUGAUCAUUCACAUCAUGUUUGUUGAAAUUUAUCAAACAAUAAACUUGACGUUUUGUAAAAAACCAAAAUAUCCACAAAAUUGUCAGUUGUUGAAUUUAUUUCUAAAUUAAAUUUGUAGAUAUUUUCAAAAUGGAUUCAUGUAUUUAAAAAAUGAUUAGUAAGUAAGUAAAAUGUCUCAUUGGAUAUACAUUUUAUACCGUUAGAUGUUUUGAAAUUCUCUGAUUAAUUCCUUUGAAACCAUGGAUGUAUAGUGAACACUUCUAGUCGAGAUGAUUUACAUAAAUGAAAUUAGUUUGAAUAAUUUGUAUAAUAACAUUGACUUAAAAAAAACCUUAAUAUUUGUUUUCAUAAGAAAGUUCAGUUUUAUUACUAUGUCAUAUUCAUUGUAGUUGAUCAUCUGUGUAAAUUAUAUAUGUGUGUGUCGUGCUGUAUUUGUAUAUAAUACAAUAUAAUUUUAUCACAUAUUUGUGCUUUUAUGCAUCUUUUGAACUUUUUGUUCUGGUUCUGUCAUGGUGUGGAGCUAUCUUUUAAAAGUUAAUUACUUGGUAAAAUGAUUCAUUUAUGGCCUACAUUAUUUCUCAGAAGUUUUUACGAACUUCAACUUCAUUUUGGUAUUGGGAGGAGAUGGCGUAGUGGGGGCAUUUUGCUUAUUUAUUGAUAGAAUUUGCUGUUUAAUCUCGACCAUGUUGUUACCUCGUCACUAUAUUAAAUUCGAUCAGAAAUGUAGAUACAGUAUAUGCAAGGUGAAAAUAAAAUUAGUUUUACCCAGUGAAUAAUAUUCUGUUAAUAGUGACCUCAAAUUGAAGUGUUUUCUCUAAAAGAUAAUUAUUUAUUGUGAAUUGUGAGGCCCUGAGACAAGUUAUAUGUAUCACUUAUUAAAUAUUACUUGAAAUUAUGUACAUCAAUAUGCAUAGGCAGGGCUUCUAGAAUCUUUUAAAAAUCCACUAGCCAUGGGAUCAGUAAUUUAAAAAAUGUACUAGCUACGAUCACACAUUCACUAGCCCUACUUUACUUUUAAGUUAAUAAAAUUUUACUAAAUAAUAGUAAUAAUCAGAUAUGUCAGAGGGACUACUAAAGAGCCUUAAAAAUACUAACAUUAGGGGUUAGAGUGGGGUCAGUAUAUUCAUAUUUACAAAAUAGACUUAACUGCAACAUUUGACAAUUUUUGUUUUUCACUAGCCAUUGGGCAUGGCAAUUGUAGUUAUUUACUAGCCCAACAUUGAAUAUCACUAGCCACGGGAGUGGGGCUACCAUAAUCUAGAAGCCGUGAUAGGUAUCGCAUGUUCUUGUCACUGAUAAAGUAUGUAAAACAACGAUUGUCUUCUAGUUAAUGAAUAAUACUAUUUUAUUGUAGAAAAUUGAAUGAAAUAGUCGUUUGGUAGGGAAAAUGGAUUUCUUUGUGGUAUUUUUCAGUUGCUGUUGUAUAACCAUUAAAUGAUCAGAUAACUUCUGAAGAUUUAUGUAUAGAUUUCAGCAACAAAUAUGUAUUUAUUAUUAAUAACCAGACAUUUGGAUGAUCAUGUACAAAGCAAAAUUCAUUGGCUUAGAUAUUUAACACACAAAAAACUAAGUUGGUUUUUAUGCAACAGGAAAAAACAGAAUUGAAAUAGAAAAACAGUGACGGUUGAUAUCCAAAUAUUUCAAAUCUCAAGAUAUAUUAGGGGCUGAUACAGAUGUAAAGUAUAUUGUUAAAGUUUAGUGUGAUUUGGCUAAAUUUAAUUUGUCAGAGAAAUGUAGUUGUAAAUAUUUAUAAAGAUUCAAUACAAAAUUGCUACCUUAGAUUGUUAAUACAUUUGAACAAAUGUCUGCAUGUCGUGUUCAUGUGUUAAAACUGCCAUAGAAGUAUAUGUGACUAAAUGGGCAUUUUUAUACCACUUCUAACUGCAUUAAGUGAAGUGUUAAAUGAUGAUUAAAUGGGCAUUUUCAUACCACUUAUUUUUAGAUUAGUUAGGGGAAAAUUGAUUUCUCUAUUUUGAUAAAUCGGUUUAAAUCCUAUUGUAUGUAUGCAACAACUCGCCUCUCAGAAGAAAACCUACUUGUAAUUACUACGAUUUUUUAACAAUGAAAUUACAAAUUUAUAAAUUAUAUCUAUGUGUUGGUGAAAACAAAAAAAAUAAUGUAUAAUUCCAGUUUUGAGGACAAUAGUUCUUAACAAAAUCAUUGUCUUUAAUUUUGUUGAAUAUUUCUUUUUAGAACGUUUUGUAAUGGCUGUUCUGAUCCGAUCAUUCCACAUGUUGCAUUAACAUGACUAAAUUUUGAAGCUGCUUUGUAGGAUCAUAUUUUAUUCUGAUGCAUUCACAGAUACUUGGUUUGAUAUAUUGUCUUGUCUCCUGUAUUAUAGGGAAUAAAGUUUGUGAUAAUUAA